GAGUGCGACGAUGGAAACGUAGUUGACGGAGAUGGCUGCACCAGGGAUUGUCGCAUUGAACCUGGCUACGUCUGUCCUACGCAAGGGUGGCCGUCAGUUCUGCUCACACCCUGCGUGGCUGUUUGUGGUGACGGCCUGCGAGUGGGUAACGAGGAGUGUGAUGACAACAACACGGAGUCUGGUGAUGGCUGCAGCCCAACAUGUGAGGUGGAAAUCGGCUGGUUCUGCAAGCGAGCUGGUUCUGGGCUUGGCUUCGAGGUGUGUUUGCAGACUUGCCUGAACGGCAUCAUCGACCCUGGAGAAGACUGUGAUGAUGCAAACACG